UACUACAUUUUAAAAGGUGUCAAAACGCAGCGUAUGUUAAAUUGUAAUAAACAUUCACAAAAAAUGACUGCGACUCUAAGGGUGUAUACGACAACUGAUGAAUAAUACUCCGUAGCAGCAGUCUGCAGAAAUUAACCAUGGCAGCUGUGAAUAAAAAGGUCAAAGAACUGCCACACAAGGUCGAGGAGAAGAUCACAACUAAGGUCAUCAAAUCCGACCACAAACUAUCGGGAUUAGCUACAUUUAAGGAAGGUGCCACCAACCGUGCCUGCUACGUGGAGGAGGUCUUGCUCAACGAUGACCCUGAACUGGUGGAAGCACUAAGAAAAUCAAAAAACCUGCUGGAGAAGACUGUCUCCGAGGAAACCAUCAACCAAGUCUUCAAUAAAAAGCGAACAAAACCACCAGCGCAGUUAGCACAGUUCGACACACUCUGUCAGCCAUUGAAUGAAGACCCCAUCAACAGUAACCUCCUCCUUAUUCCCAUCGGAAGCAUCAAUCCAGGCACUCGAUUUACAACCACACAGGUGCUGUCAUUGCGUGGCACACUAGGCUAUAAUGAAAACGAAGUGGCUGAUCAUGCGACAAAAUUGGGACGCAGCUUGUACGUUCAACAAAAGGAAACGUAUAAUUGCGAUGCUAAACUGUCCAUCGGCGGAGAAACCGUCGUUGGUCAUAAAGCAGUGCUCGCCGCCUUCUCCAGUGUACUAUCACGGCUGUACACUAGCAAAUCGACAAACGAAGUGGAAAGCUUACAAGAUAACGUGCACCAUAUCAGCGCCGAUCCUAAAGCUCUUCAAAAGGUCAUCCUGUGGAUGUACACGGGCAAUAUAAAACUUAGCGACCAAAGUGAGCAAAUACGGCAAAUUGCUCAGUGCUUAAAUAUGCCAUACCUGUCACGCGCGGUUAAUGAGAAGGAAGGUCAUGGUCGCGGUAGCGUCCAUGGCACGAAAGAAGUAGACCCUUUUGAAAAGCCAUCAGCGGACAGUCUUCCCGCCAUGGAAUGUGAUCCCAAGUAUUCAGCGCAGAGAACAAGCGAAGCCUUGGUUAAGCUCACACGUAAAUCCAGUUUUGCGCAAUUGAUCAGCAAAACGGAGGACGGUCUGAACAGCGCGGGUAAGCCGGACAAACCGGAAAUACGCAUUCCACAGGAAAGGAUUCGCGUUCACCGAAAGGCUCAAAAAUUUGGAGCUGCUGCUUUGUAUGGAAUGCUAGCCGAAGGAUUAUCCGAUCUGACUCCCCAGCAAAUAUACGAACUUCUUUCCAGUAACCAUAUAUGUGUGAAGACGGAAGUUGAUGUCUACGAAGCGGCUGCUAAAUGGUUAAAGGCCGACUUUGACGACCGGGAAAAAUACCUGAACCAAAUGAUGGAGUGUCCGCGUUGGGUGCACAUGAGUGAAUGCGACUUCGUUCAAGUGCGCGCAUUGGAUCCGCAAUUCUUCCACCACAAAGUCAUCCAGAAGCAUGUGGCGCGAGCGAAAUGGUUUCAGGAUUUGCAGAAACGGAGUAUCACAUGGAAAGAGUACAAAGUUCCGAAAAAUCGCGUAAAUGAAGCGUGUGGAUUAGUUAAUACUUAACGCACAGAUUAUGCAUUUACAGAAGUCAAAUAAUAUCAACGUCCAACGAAACCGAGCGUAAUUCUAUAUCCGCACAUUUCCGAUUAGUCUUUAAUACGAUUCCAGUCUUGAUAACACUGUCGAUAUCUACUUUCUCAUGAUCAAACAUCUGCAUUCCGCCGUAACAGAAGCAACAUCGGUUCAAACUUAAAAAAAAACAAGGAAGAAGUUUUCUAUGAGACAUAAA